AUGGCCGUGGCGCGCCACCACUUGACCAUCCAGGAGAAGAACCAGCUGCGCGCCUUCCACCGCGCGCGGCCGGAGCUGACGCAGGAGCAGCUGCGCGAGUGGGCGCACGUGCAGUUCGGCAAGUGGAUCGGCCGCUCCACCAUCGGCAAGAUCGCCAGCAUGCCCGAGGAGGUGUGCGCCAACCCGAGCGCCAAGCGCGUGCAGAGCGGCCGCUAUCCGGAGAUGGAGCAGGAGCUGUACGAGUACGUGCUGGCCAGGCAGAGCGACGAGCAGCCGCUGCGCGACGACGCGCCGCUGCUGAGCGAGGGUCUGCUCUGGACCAAGGCCAACGACAUCCUCAAGCGCACGCGCGGACCGGGUCAGUCCGUGUCGCUAGGGUGGGUACAGAGGUUCAAAAAGCGCCACGGGCUGCACCGCUCGCAGAGGCGCCAGUUUGUGUCGGCGGACGACAUUCUUCUGCUCACGCAGGUACUCGAGACGAAGCCGUGGGCGUAUCCGCACGUGAUGGACGGCUGGCAGGAGGUGUGCGACCGACUCCGUGGACACAGCGAGUUUCAUCUGGACAAGACGGCGGGAGCUUGUCAGGCUCGUGUGGCGCUGCUGCUGGACCACUUGAAAGCGGGGAACAUUGCUGCGCUGCGGAAGUCUGGGACGUCGGAGGAGUACGAGCGCAAGCGCGAGCUACUAACGGAUGUGCAGGCCAAGCUGACGGCGUUCGAGGAGUUUCAAGAGGACCUGCGCAAGCGGAGAGGCGAGCCGUCUCCGCCGCCCAGUGUCACGCAGCACGAUGCUGCUGUGGCUAAAGUGGGUGAGGUUGCCGCGGCUAUCGCCGUAGCGGAGGCAACAGGCGAGGCAGACCUGGAUGGGCAGCGCCGACUUGAGUUACUGGAGAUCAGGAUGGAGCGAGAGCUCGCAGAGCAGCGGCGACAUGCCGACGAGCAAGUUCGGGAGCUUGAGAGGCUGCAACGAGCACAGCUAGAAGCUCAGCAGAAUCAGCACGCUCAACUUUUGGCAACCAUCCAGCAGCAGCAGGCCAUGAUGCUGGAUCUCAUUAAAUCGGUCGCUGCUCAGUCCAAGAGCAAGGAUUAGAAUUUAUCGGUGUAUUACCUACAUAUGGUGUACUAUCAGUCAGCAAAAUUCUGCAAAACUGCUUGGUGUAUCACUCUGCCAAGCUACCAGCACGAUCAGCUGAUACAUCGAUCCAAACUCCGGGUGUGAACGGAUUCGGCAACCGAAUGCGCUUCGCGUGCAGGUAAAGUCGGUCGGCUGGGCGUCCGCCGUAUUUGUCAUCUCCAACGAUCGGUGCACCGAGCUCCUGAGCACAAUGCAGCCGGAGCUGGUGUUUCCGCCCUGUACGCGGCUGAAGCUGCAACCACGUGCCCAAGGGCUCACCACGCUCGUUUUGCCGCAGCACCCGUUCCACUAAUGUACAAGCCGCCUUGCCGUCGACCGGCAGAUUGACUUCUCGCCCCUCGAACGUCUUCAAAGUUGAAAAAUUGUCUCGUGGAUUUACUGCAGUGGACGACGACACCAGCGCUUCGUACGUCUUGUGCACGUCCCCACUCCGCAGCAUCUCUGAGAACUUGGCUGCUGCCAGUCGGGAGCGCGCCAGCACCAGCACGCCAGACGUUUCCUUAUCCAGUCGGUGAACCAGCCUCAGUUCCUGCUCGUCGGU